AUGUCUUCAAGAGGGUGUUUUUUGGAGAAAUACUUUCCUAAGGAUGUUAGGAACAAGAACGAGAUGGAGUUCUUGGAGCUCAAGCAGGGAAACAUGACUGUGGCUGAAUAUGCAGCCAAGUUUGAGGAGUUGGUGAGGGUGGCCUACUAUAGGAGUAUAGGUCCAAUGAAGAACAAAAAGAAUGGACCUCAACAUCGGGGAAAACCGUACUCGACCCUUCCUAAGCAAUAUGCUGUCCCAACAAUCAGAAGACUGUUGCUAUGGGGUUUGCGGGUGGUAGUGGUAGCAAACCCAAUAUUUUGCCCACUCAGAUCACUUGUUACAAAUGUGAAAGAUUGUCCAUAUCCCAAGAAGGAGCAAAAUGGUGGGGGCCUGAAUGACCAAAUUGGACAUCCGAAGGCCACAGGAAGAGUCUUUACCCUUAACGGUGCCGAAGCUUUGAAAUCCAUAGAUCUAAUCCAAGGGAAACUUAAGCUGUCUGUGUCUUCUUUAAAUAAUGAUCUGGUGGUAGAGACCCCAACUAGUGGUUCUGUGUUAACUUCUAGUGUGUGUUUGAAUUGUCCUUUGGAAAUUUCUAGUAGAACAUUCUUGAUUGAUCUGAUUUGUUUUCCUUUGAGCCAAAUUGAUGUUAUUCUGGGUAUGGACUGGUUAUCUUCCAACCAUGACUUGUUAAACUGGUUUGAUAAAAUUGUGGUGUUUGAUGAUUCUGGAAUGAGUAAGGACAUGAUGUUUAUCUCUACGAACCAAGUUCUGACAUCUUUAAAAGAAGAUGCUCAAGUGUACAUGAUCUUGUCUAACCUAGAAAUAGAGACAAAGGUUUCCAUAUGUGGCCUCCAUGUUGUCAGAGAGUUUCCUAAAGUGUUCCCUGAGGAUAUAUCUGGUCUACCACCCGAGAGAGAGAUAGAGUUUUCCAUAGACUUAGUUCCCGGUGCUGGACCUAUAUCCAUAGCCCCUUAA